UCUAAUCUAAAUCUAAAAUACUACUUUUUGCCUGCGAUGACAAUCGUAAAACUAUCAACGGACCUCAUGUACUCUUGCGCAAUUAAUAGAACUUUUAUCGUAUUCCUUGUCGCGUACUGAAAGUUUUUCAUUAAGUUUUCUUAAAAAUAUAUUAUUAAGAGUUCCGGAAAAUUCACCCAAUGAUUUUUUAUCUUAGUCUUUUUGAUUUCGUGAAUUCGCGCUUUCGCGAUAUAGUUAAUGUCCAACAAAGUAAUCGCUUCACAGAUUGCAAAAAAAUAGCUUUCCAGAUUUAUGCAUUCAUGAUGUUCAUCAGUUAUUUGAUGCAUGUUGUUGUGGAAAGGGCUGAAAGUUCGAUACACAAGCAUGUAAAAUUUGAUUAAAUGUCUAUAUAAGGACUAUUUUUGUUCUUUAUCUGAUCGGCUUUGAACCGGCUUUAAAGAUCUAAGUGAUAAUUUAGUUGAGUCGUGUUUAACACUCAUUCGGAAAUUCAGUAUCCUUGGUGAAAUAUAAAGGAAUUAAUAAAUAAGAGUUUAAAUGUUUAUGCAAAAUCCCCCUCUAUAACUUAUUCCUACGAUAAACUUACUCCCAAAGAUUUAUUUAAAGUGUUGCGGAUAAUCAAAAUCAAAUAAAUGUGUGUGUAUACAUACAUAUUAUUCAGUUCGCAAGCACGUUAAAAUGUCUAUGUCAUUAUAUGCAAGUAUUUUAUAUUUAAUAAGGCACCUUCAAGUCGCAUCUUUGCUGUAAAUGUGUUCUACAUUGCUCUAGCUUCUGUCAUUUUUGUGUUUCAUAAUUUUAUUUUAACAGCGGAUGUUAUAUUUGUUUUGUUUUACGUUUAUGUGCGGGUGUUUUUCUUGCCCUCUAUUCGUUGAAAUUUGCCCAAAAAGGGUAUAUUGGUUCCUGGUUCUUGAAGCUGAAAAAUAAACUCUAGUUUGACUCGUAUUUGCCAUCUAAGAACGUAUUAAAUAAAUUUAUAAAUAUCUUUAAAAACGAUUUUAAAGCCAAUCAAAUGGCAAAGUAAAACUUGCAUACAAUCGUUUUUCCUAAUUUACCACUGUUGUAGGUGGAAAAUAAGUUUGAUGCAAAUCGGACAAAACUUAUUACUUGGCACACAAAAUCUUUGAAUCGCAUUUCUACCGAGGAAGCUUGGACUCUGCGAAAAGCGUAAAGUACCUAUCAAAUGAUUUUUCACAUUGAUUCACCCACCAAAUUGAUUGACCAAAUCUUUGACGCCUAAUUUCCACUAAGGAGACGAAACACCCUUCAAAUGAAUUUGAGCAAAAAUUUGUGAAAAUGAGUUUGAAGGCGAUCAGAAGGUAAACGAAAAAGUUUCCUCCACACACGCGGCUGAAAUUUUCCGAAACCUUGUAGUAACGUGCACCUUCAUUACGUAAGGUAAUUACAGAGAAAAUUUCAGCUUCCGCGCUCCUACGUCCGUGUCUAUAUAAAGAGCUAUCUAAUCAUAUAUCAAAAUUUCCUAACAAUCAGAUAAUUCACAAUAAAACUUAUUAAGGAAUACAUUUUUUAUUGCUUUGGCUUGCAACUUGUUUGUUCUAGGUACAGGGAAUCUGUUAGUCGGCACUUUUGACAAGCAUUUUUAUUUGUUUUUCGUUGUUGUGCUUUUUUAUGAAAUGCGAACGUUUUGGUAAAACUAAUACAUACACAAUGUCGCCGACAUAUAAGCACAUACACACACUCAGAAAGAGAGAGAGACACACACACACACACAGACACAGAGGCACAGACACAGCUGGCAGACAGUCGCGUCGGACAUUAAUAUUAACGUUAAAACAACAACAACAACAGGCUUAUCAAACAUGUAGCGCGUAGUUCGCAUACAAACACAAAUAAAUACAUACACAACAUACACAGCGCAGAAGAGCGUGAGAGAUAGUGAGCGCGUGUGCAUGUGUGUGGUAGAGCGAAUUGGCAUCUACAUGGACAUUUUGCUUUUUGGACUGGCUUUUCCGGUGCGUUUCGCUGUCGCCUGUUUAAUUUUCCGCCGCGACGCUUUUCAGUUGGCGGCGAGAGUUUUCUGCGAUCACAACAGCGGCCAAUCACGCGGUCGGUUAUUGGUUUGCUUAAAUUUCCUUUUCGAUUGGCGUGUGACUGUGUCUGUUUUGUCUGGCAAGCAUGGCUUUGGUGGCGCAUCGCAUGAUGCUGCCGGCGCGCCAUCGACGCACGCAUCAGCAGGUGGCGCGCAAUAAGGUGGGCGUGCUGCUGGUGCCUAGCCUGGCGGACUACUACAACAGAGAAACGGAUCAGCCGCAGCUGCAGCAACUGGCCACGUCCAUGCCUCAGCUGGAGCUGCAGGUCGGCGACGGCACCAAUGCAAAAGUAAGUUCAACAAGUUGCAGUCACAAUUGCAAUCGCAUAGACGUGACAAAAAGAAAAUGAAACAUUUGCCAACAAUUGCUGCAUUUGAACAAAUUCAGUUCUGGCUACACAACUUAUUUCCAAACAGCCCCGAAAGAAAUUCCUUUACCCACUCAUGCGCCUGUUUAUCUAGUUUUCCUUUUCAUUAUUCGCAUUUCUUUUGCGUUUCCCUUAUUUUUUUUUUUGACUGGCGCCAACUUUAUGCGGCUUAUUGUACACAGACUUGAAUUGUUGUUGUUUUUACCAUAUUUCGUUUUCCUACUGUUUUUCUUACUUUUUCAUUUUUUCUGUUGCUGCUGGUCAGGAUUUUCUUUUGCGUAUGGUAGUUUUCCCUAUUAGAGUCUGAAAAAUAACCGAUAAGCUUUCUAAAGCUAAAAAAAAUAAGUGUUAUUGUUUAACUGGAAAGUAAUGUACAGAUAAUAUUAU